AUGUUCUGCCUCACUUUUUUCCUUUUCUUUCCCUACUCUCACCUUCUCGUCACGCUUUCUUUCUUUCUUUCUUUCUUUCUUUCAUUUUGUGUCUCGUCUUCGUAUUUUUUUCUUUCUUUUGGCUUUUUCCAUUUUCUAGAUUUAUUUUCAUUUUCUUUCAUUCUCCUCAUUCUUCCUUUCUUCUUGCUUCUUUUCUUCAUAUCUCUUUCCUCAUACCUAUUCUUUUUUCCCUCUAUUUCUUUCUUUCCUUUUUUCUUUCUUUCUUUCCUUCUGCUUUUACAUAACCUUUUCAUCUCUUCUUGCAUACAUUUCUUCUUUUGUUUUCUCAUUUACUGUCGUUUUCUUUCUCAAUUCUUUCCUUUUCUUUCUCUUUCUUUCUUUAUUAUUUCUUCUUUCUUUUUUCUUUCUUUCUCCUUUCUUUCUCUUUCCUCCUUUCUUUCUCCUUUCUUUCUCUUUAUUCUUCUUUCUUUCACCUUUAUCUUAGAAAUGAUGAAAGCUAUCAUUCUUUUUCUCUCCUUCCUUCCGCCUUUCUUACACUUUUCUUUUUCUUUCUUUCUCUUCUCUUUUCCUUUCUUUCUCUUUUAUUUUUCUUUCUUUCUCUCUUUAUCUUCUUUUCCUUUUUCUUUCUCUUUUCUUUUCUUACUCUCCUGCCCCUCUCCUAUCUCGCUCUACCUCCGUUCCUAUCCAUCCAUCUCUUUCAUUCUCUUAAUAUAUUCCAGUUCCUUUAUGUUUUCAUUCUCCCGUUAA